AUGAUCAAGGCAGUCCUUAUAUUCAAUAAUCACGGGAAGCCGCGACUGAUGCAGUGGUAUCAGCAACUGGAUGUGAAUACUCAACAGGAAAUGCUAAAAGAAAUCUUUUCUUUGGUCCAGAAACGGCAACAUUACGCCACUCUAUACUUUGUCUUUGUCGUCGAUUCAAGUGAAAGUGAACUGGGGAUACUAGAUCUGAUUCAAGUAUUUGUGGAGGCUCUCGACCGGAUAUUCACAAACGUCUGUGAAUUGGACUUGAUCUUUAGACCAGACGACAUUUACGCAAUGCUAUCGGAAAUAAUAUCAGGAGGCAUGGUCUUGGAGACUAGUGUCCAUGACAUUGUUUCAAUGGUCGACAUCAAGAAGCCCAAGUAG